GUAAGGGUGUGUAUAUAAGGUGGACGAAGAACUAUUUCUGCUUGCUUUCGAUCUGUGAGAUAACUGAAGAAAGAAACUAAGAGACACAAAGUCCUUGUUUGGUACGUAAGCGAUAUAAUAGGUCACUAAUAUGGUUCAAACCAGAUUUAUUUGCAUUUUCGAUCACUUUGCAGUGAUUCUUUGUGUUCGUGUUAUCGAAUCAUUGCUUUUGAACAACAUGGUUAUUGAAAUUUGUGAAUUCAUAGCAACAGUUGCUAUGAAUUGUUUGGGUUGGGACAUCUCUCGCAAGCAAAGCAACAACUUUGUUAUAAGCAGGUAUGGAGCAUACACUUUCACUCAUCAGGAGAAAAAACAGUUACAAAGUCCCGCUUUGGCUUGACUUACAUGUGACCAGCUUUAAAGGUGCCGUCCCUGUGAAUUCGCAACCUGCUGAUUCUCGUAAAUGAAACUAUAUGCCGUUGCCACUUGGAGCGAAAUUUG